AUGAGCGCUCCCGGCCCCCAUCCCGAGCCCGCCGCGCCCGGCCCCGAGCCCCAACCCGCCGCUCCCCAGCCCGCCGCCGGCUCCAGCCUCGGCCCGCUGCUCCGCACGCUGGAGGACCCCGGCGCGCCGCCGGGAGAGCUGACGGACGCGCACCUCACCAUCGUCAGUCGCUUGAGUGGUGAAGGAGGCAAAGCAUUCACUGCAGACUUCAGGAAACACUUCCCUCAACUCUGCAAGGUGUUCAAGGCCCACAUUUCCAGUCCAAACUUGGAGCUCAGUAAUGCAGCAUUGCAGGCCUUGGGCUUCUGCACUUUUAAUUCCAACAACACAGCUGAAUUAUCUGGCACCGACGUGCAGGAGCUGCUGGCAGCAGUGAACAGCGUGGCUGUGAAAUGCUCUGACAAGAACACUCGCACUCGGGCACUUUGGGUCAUCUCCAAGCAGGCAUUUCCUCCUGAAAUUGUUAGGAAGGAGGUGUCCAAUAUUCUCUCUACCCUGGAAACAAUCCUGACUAAAGGAGAAGUUCAGUCUGUUGUGGUUGAGUAUGAAGCACUUAAUGUCAUUAUCCGCUUAAUGGAGCAAGCUCCAGCCCAGAUGGGAGCGGAGGCUGUGAGGUGGGCCAAGCUGAUCAUCCCCCUGGUUGUCCACUCCUCUCACAAAGUGCAGUUGAGAGGUGCCACUGCCCUGGAGAUGGGCAUGCCCCUGCUCCUGCAGAGGCAGCAGGAGGUGGCAGCUGUCACCGAGCACCUGAUGACCACAAAAUUAAUUUCCGAACUUCAGAAAUUGUUUUCCUCCAAAAACGAGACCUUCGUGUUAAAGCUGUGGCCCCUGUUUGUCAGAUUGCUUGGAAAGACCCUGCACCGCAGUGGCAGCUUCAUCAACUCCCUGCUGCAGCUGGAGGAGCUGGGCUUCCGCAGCAGCUCCCCUGUGGUGAAGAAAAUUGCCUUCAUUGCAUGGAAGAGCCUCAUUGAUAACUUUGCUCUAAAUCCAGACAUCCUGUGCAGUGCCAAGAGGCUGAAGCUGCUGAUGCAGCCCCUGAGCUCCAUCCACGUGAGGACUGAGGCUCUGGCCCUGACCAAGCUGGAGGUCUGGUGGUAUUUGCUGAUGAGGCUGGGGCCUCACCUGCCCUCCAACUUUGAGCAGGUUUGUGUCCCUCUCAUCCAAAGCACCCUGAGUGUGGAUCCUGCUGCUGCCUUCCCCGGGACGCCCUCACGGCCAAACAACCCCAGCCUGGGCUCAGCAACCCCUGGGCAGAAACCAGGUACCCCCAGGAUGGCCCUGAGCAGCCCAGCAGGAGCGCAGCUCUUCCCCUCCAUCCAGCUCCUGGCCAUGGAGAUGCUGCUCCACUUCCUCAUGGGACCGCACGUGGUGGAGUUUGCCAAGCACAACAAACUCGUGCUUAGUUUAGAGCCUCUGCAGCACCCACUGAUCAGUAGCCCUUCUUUUUUUUGCAAGCAUGCCAGCACUCUGAUCAACGCUGUUCAGGAUGGCUUUGUGGCCAUUGGAAAAGAAGUUCCUGACUGUUUGCUGAGUGUUAUCUGGAAGGACAUCAAUGGAUUUGUAAGGACAGCAAUUGAAGCAGGAAAUAAGAAGGAGAAGGGAGGCUCAGAAGUUCUGACCCUGUUGCUGCAGGCCCUGAAGAACAUUGUGAGCUCCAAUUCCCUGCCUGCGCACAAAGUCCUGUCUCUCAUUGACAUCACUGUCAAGGAGCUGCCCCCAAAAGUUGGGUCCCCAGCUUACCAGGUGGCUGAUAUGGAUCUUCUAAAUGGCACCCCAGCUCUGUUCCUGAUCCAGCUGCCCUUCCACAACAACCUGCUGGAGAGCUGUGUGACAGAUGAGAGGUUCUUCGGGAUCCUGCAGGCCCUGGUGGGGUUUGCCCUGUCUGGGCCCACCUCUGCCCUGGCUUUCAGUGAGUCCGUGCUGGGGGUCAUUGAGCAGAGUGCGGGGCAGCUGGGCAGCAAGGAGCACCUGUGCAGGAUGUGGAGCAUCGUGGUGAAUCCUCUCACCGAAUGGAUCAACCAGAAUAACGAGGUGAACCAGGGGGAUGCCCUGGAGCACAACUUCAGUGCUGUGUACAGUGCUUUGUUGCUGCCAGUGUCCCACAUUUUCCCCACUCAGGGAUUCCCACAGGCCACUCUGAAGUCCUUGCUGCGCUCCUGGGCCGAGCUGUACCGAGCCUUUGCUCGCUGUGCUGCCCUGGUGGCCACAGCAGAGGAAAACCUGUGCUGUGAGGAGCUGUGCGCCAAAAUCAUGGCUGGGCUAGAAGGUGAAACUCCAGUAGUGUUCUCCAUGCUGGAAGGUCUCACCCACCUUGUGUCAGUCAUGGUUGACUGCAUCAACUUUGCCCCCUAUGGCACUAAAUUCCAGCCCAAAACCAGAUCUCCGCAGACCCCCACGGACUGGGCCAAGAAGAAGAAGGAGCCCCUUGGCAAGCUGAGCUCUCUGCUGAGGCUGCUGCUGCUGCUGCUGAACUGGUUCCACGAGCUGAGCUGCGGGGAGCAGCCGGCGGAGCCCCUGCUGGCCCCGGGGCUGGCCCUGCUGGCCGCCCUGCACAGCGUCAUCAGCCACAUCUCCCUGCCCUCCCUGCUGGGCACCACCCUGGGCACCUUCUCCAAACCCCUGGCGCUGUUCUACGAGAAAAACAGGCUCCCUGAGGUACCCAAAGUGUACAGCAGUCUGAACAACAAGCUGGAGAAGCUGCUGGCAGAGAUCCUGCAGUGCCUGCAGUGCCACUGCCCGGGCUCGUGCGACUCGGAGCUGCUGCAGCAGCUGAGCCCGGUGCUGUGCGCGGCCUUCCAGCACAGGAACCGGCAGAUCCGCCAGCAGGGCGCCCAGCUCUGGAACUGCACCUUCGCCAAGGCCUCCUCCCUCACCUACCCCCAGCAGCUCAAGUCUGUGUUAAGCCAAGCGAAAAAGAAAAUCCCUCUGCUGCUGCCUGGUUUUGAGAGCGUUGAGGUGUCUGAGGAGUGCAGUGGCCCCUUCUCUGACCUGAUGGAGAAUUCCCAGCUGGAUGCAAAGAUCAGUGGAAUGGAGGUGAAGGUGGGACAGAAACGAGAUUCAAUCUUGGUACAGAGUGAAGCCAGAAGUGAUGGCAAGGACAAGCCCAGCAACGUGCAAGCAACACCUGCCAAGUUAAAACUAGAAUUUCCAUCUCCUAAGACAACAAGUGAGACGCUUCUGGAAGAGGAGAAAUCUGUUGAUUUUGUGUUUAUUCCUCCAGAAACAAAACCAAGAAUAUUGACAGAACAUCAGAAGGAAGUGCUUAGGUCAAAGAGAGCUGACAUUCCUGCCAUGUACAACAACUUGGAUGCUUCCCAGGACACCAGCUCGUUCUCCCAGUACAGCCAGAGCCAGGAGGAUUCUCUGGAAAUGCCACCUGCAGUAGAAACUGCCAAAGAAGACCCUGCAAACCAACCUCAGGAGGAGCACGUGGGGAGUGAAGGAUCUCACUCAGAGGAGAGCCCAGCCUGCACCAGCGAGGAGGAGACCAAAAACGAGAUAGCAGAGAUGAUCCCAGAGGAAACCUCCAUUGGAGAAGAUAUGGAGACAAGCUCUGUGGAAGCAGCUCCUCAGGAGGCCUCAGCAGGGAAGGAGGACACCCCAGAUGUCACCAGCAGCUCAGCAGGAAAGGAGGACACCUCAAAUAUGGACACCUCAGAUGUUAUCAGCAGCUCAGCAGGGAAGGAGGACACCCCAGAUGUCACCAACAGCUCAGCAGGAAAGGAGGACACCCCAGAUGUCACCAGCAGAUCAGCAGGGAAGGAGGACACCCCAGAUGUCACCAGCAGCUCAGCCUCCAGUGACAUUGUCUCUGGCACGCCCCAGCCCGUGAGCCGGCGCCAGUCCUUCAUCACGCUGGAGAAGUUCGGGGCUGCAGAGAGCAGCCCCUUCAGCCCAGCCCCGCUGGGCUCUGUGUCAGAGCUGCCUGGGAGCCCUCCUGAGGCAGCCACACGGGAGAGCAGCAGUGACAGCAGGGCCGGAGCUAAGGCAGAGAAAUCUGGGGAGGAGGGCAGAAACCCCCCAAAAGCCGAGGCCGCCGCGCCUGCCCGCAGGGUGACGCGCCGGCAGAGCAGGAUGGAGCUGCAGGGCAGCAAAGCCAAACUCCAGGGCAGGCCAGGGGAGCCCCCGGCCCCUGAGAGCCUGGAGAGCAGUGCUGAGCUGGGCUCUGCAGUGGGGGACGUGGAGCACAUCCUGCUCAGCCACUCGCAGGCGCUGCUCUCCACCGAGGCCGACAUCCAGAGCGCCGAGGGCGCCAUCGCCGAGAUGGACAAGGCCCGGGGGCAGGACACGGACUCGAAGGAAAACACCCCCCCAGAGAGCAGCAGCUGCCCUGAGCCGCCCCCAGGGGAGGACAGCCAGGGGCCACAGGCGUCCCCGCAGCAGAAGCAGCUCAGACGCUCCUCCAGGAGACGCUCGGAGCCCGCGGAGAGCUCCUCGGGCAGCCAGGACAGGGAGGAUGGGCCCCCCAAGAGAGACAGGAGGAAAGAGGAGGAGAAAGCUGGCCAGAAGAAGCUGUCCCAGGGGAAAGGUGAUGGAUCCCAGAAGCAGAAAGGAGUUCCCGGGAAAACCAUGGAGAACACAAAAGAGAGCAGCCAGCCCGAGAGAGUGGCAGAGGAGUGGGGCUCCAAGGACUCCCCUGCUCUCAGGGGGCUGGAGGAGGAGGCUGGCAGGGCUGGCAGGAGGGCAGAGGAGGCCCCCAGGGCAGAGGGGGAAGGCUCAGCAGGGCCGAAGGUGGAGCGGCCACGGUACCACACCAGGAGAUCCUCCCAAGGGCUGCUGGCCAGCAUAGAAAACUCUGAGGCUGACAGCUCUGAGGGCAAGGAGGAGAGCACAAAGAAGAAAAAACCUCUGAAAGUGAGAGGCAGAAGCAAUUCUCUGGAAGGGAAAUUGAAAGAGGGACAGGCAGGCAGCCAGAGCCCUGAGGCACCUGCCCAGGGAAGCGACACCAAGAGUGCCCUGGAGGCCAGUAAAGGUGAGCCUGAGCUGGGCACAGGGGCCGCAGUGCCAGCUGAGCCUGGUGGCCUGGAAAAGCAGGAAAUUGCUGCAGAGGCUGAGGGCUCUGGCAGCUCUGAGAGUCCAGGAGCUCUGCGGGACACCAGCGUGGAGCCCAACAAGGCUGAUGCAUCCAUGGAGUCCCUGGGCAGCCCCUGUGAGCCUGAGCAGGAUGGGAGAGCAGCAGAGGAGAGGCAGAGCAGCUCGGGGGACUGUGCCCCAGGUGCUGAGCCCUCCUCUGUGCAGAGCCCCGAGUGCCACAACAAGAGGAGCAAAAGGGUGAAAAAAAUCAAGAGCUGCGAUUGCUGCUUCAAAAAGCCAAAGCAGCAGGUGCCUGAAUCGAAGCUCUCUGAGUCUAAAAUGGAGAAAGCUGAGCUGGAGGAGCCUGAGAGCACCCAGACCCCAGCUGAUACCCCAGCCCAGAAUGUUUCUGGUGCCUCAGAUUUGGAGGAGAGCUUGGCCCUGGCUCCCUGUGGAAUGAGCACUCCACUGCACCCUCCUGAGGAACCCAGCACCUUCAGCCUGGACAGGCAGGAGAUGGACGUGGAGAACCUGCAGGGAAGCAGUGUGGGGGUGGAGGAGCAGAAUCCAGAGGAUCCAGAGGCUUCAGCAGCUGAAACCACCGAGUCCAUGGAGGAAAUAAAGGAACCUGCUGAGCAGAAGGAGCAAACAGAGCAGGUUCUGCCUGAGAGCGUUCCUGAAGAGCCCAGGGAGAGCUGCCUGGACUCAGGGGAGCAGGGGGAAGAACCAGCAGCUGCAGAAAAGGAGGAAAUAAAGGAGAAUGGAGAGCUGGAGCCUGAGGAGCUGAGUGCUGACAGCAAACCUGAGGAAAAAGAGGUGAAGGAGCUGGAAGGAAAUGAGGAGGAUAAAGGAGAAGCUGAGAACUCUGCUGGGGAAACUCGUGUUGGUGCAGAUCAAGAGAUGAAGGAGGAAUUGGAGGAGAAGGAAAUCAAAGUGCCUGAGAGCGUGGCCGUGGCAGAGCCGAGCGUGGAUUCCCCCCUGAAGGGGGCAGGGGCUGCCCCAGGGCAGGUGGCUGAGAGCCCCACCAGCCUCCAGGCCCGCUGCACGUGGUCCCCCUCAGCCUCCCCCUCCACCAGCAUCCUCAAGAGAGGGGUCAAGAGGAGCCAGGAGGACGAUUCCCUGUCCCCUGCCAACAAGAUCCGUCGAGUCUCUUUUGCCAACCCCAUUUUCCAGGAGGGCCUGGCAGACGACAUCGACAGGAGGAGUCCUGUCAUCAGAUCCCAUUCCUCACCCUCCUCCAGGAGCCUUAAAAUCCUCUCCAACAUGCAGCACAUUACCACUCCAACCAAAGGAUUUCUGUCCCCAGGAUCUCGUACCCUUAAAUUUAAGAGCUCAAAGAAGUGUUUAAUCACAGAGAUGGCCAAGGAGUCCCUGCCGUGCCUCUCGGAGUUUGUGUACCCUGCCCUGGCCGGCUGCAAAGCCCCUGUGGAUGUCAUUUUACCUCAGAUCACAUCCAACAUCUGUGCCAGGGGCCUGGGGCAGCUCAUCCGAGCCAAGAACAUCAAGACCGUGGGAGACCUGAGCACUCUGACAGCCCUGGAGAUCAAAACCCUCCCCAUCCGCUCCCCCAAGGUCUCCAAUGUCAAAAGAGCUCUGAAGGGAUACCAUGAGCAGCAGGUGAAAUCUCGGGUGUUGGAGGAAAGCGCAGUGCUCGAAGAUGCUGAGAAGCCUGGGAAUGAUGUGGAGGAGAAAUCUCUGAGUGGAGAUGAGGAAAAACUUGCAGCAGAUCUGGUGGACGCAGGCAGCAGCAGCAGCAGCGAGCCGCCCGCCGUGGAUCUGCCGGGGCAGGUGCAGGCUCUGGCAGCCCAGCUGAGCUCCGAGGGGCUCGGGGCCUACUCGGGCCGGCAGCUGCUGGAGAUGCAGGAGAAGCUGCUGGGGAUGGCCGCGAGCAUCGCCCGGAGCCUGCGGGGCCGCUGGCACUGCCCCCCCCACGCGGGCACCCCCGAGUAG